AUGGCUUCUCUCCCUUCCACCUACAAGGCUGUUGUCAUCGAAAAGGCCAACGCGCCAUUCAAAAUUGUCGAGAGACCCCUCAAAGCGCCCGCGGCAGGCGAAGUGCUCGUCAAGGUGCUGGCAUGUGGAGUGUGCUUUAGUGAUGUCGCCAUUGCCAGCGGCGAGAUGGGCGACGUCUUCCCUCGCGUCCCCGGCCACGAGAUUGUCGGUGACGUCAUCCAGGUCGGCGACGGCGUCAAGAACCUGAAGGUCGGCGAGCGCGUCGGCGGACCCUGGCACGGUGGCCACGACGGCAUAUGUCGCGCCUGCCAGCGUGCCCAGUUUCAGAUGUGCGACAAUGAGCUCGUCAACGGCUACUCCAAAGACGGCGGCUUCGCCGAAUACGUCCUGCUCCGCGCCGAGGCUACCGCCCGCGUCCCUAAGGAAAUGGACCCCGCCGAGGUCGCCCCCCUCCUCUGCGCCGGCGUUACCGUGUUCAACGGCAUCCGCAAGAUGCGCGUCGAGCAGGGGGCUUUGGUCGCCGUCCAGGGCCUCGGUGGUCUCGGCCACUUGGCUGUCCAGUACGCUUCCAAGAUGGGCUACGAGGUUGCUGUCCUAUCCUCUGGUGACGACAAGGCAGAUUUUGCCAAACAACUUGGUGCUCACCACUACAUCAACUCCAAGAACAAGGAUGCUGCAGAAGAGCUCAAGAAGCUCGGCGGCGCCUCCAUUAUUGUCCAGACAGCUCCCAAUCCAAAGAUUGUUGGUCCUCUCGUCGCCGCUCUUGCCCCCGAAGGCAAGUUGCUGAGUCUCGCACCAGUCGGCCCUGUCGAGUUCGACACCGUUUCUCUGGUCCUCAAGGGUGCCAGCGUCCAGGGGUGGCCCAGCGGUCACGCCCUCGACUCUGAGGAGGCCAUCCGCUUCGCUAGCAAUCACGGUGUCAAGUGCAUGGUUGAAAAAUACCCCUUUGCCGAUGUCCAGAAGGCUGUUGACAGCCUUGUCGCAGGCAAGCCCCGGUUCCGUAACGUCCUCGUUAUGCAGUAA